UGGUCCAAUGUUUACAAUUUUAUCGAUUUGAUUUGAAUUAAAUAAAAUUUAACUUUUUAGCUAAACUGUAUGUAUUUUACUUGAAAAGAUUUACGCAAGAAAGUAGAUAAAAGUCUCCAAAUAUACUACGGUCUUGUGGUAUAAAAAUACAUAGAUUAGUGUAAACAAGUAGCAGUUAAAGAUAUAGAAAUAACAAUACAACAAUGAAGAGACAAAAUGUUCGCACACUAUCUCUUGUGGUGUGUACAUUUACAUAUUUACUGAUUGGCGCUGCAGUUUUUGAUUCCUUAGAAUCUGGCACUGAGACCAAGAGAUGGGAAGUUUUGUCAGAUAUAAAAGACGGUCUUGUACGUAAAUACAACAUAACGCCGGAAGAUUAUCAUAUGAUAGAAAUAGUGAUAAUAGAGAACAAGCCGCACAAAGCAGGUCCACAGUGGAAGUUUGCGGGCGCCUUUUACUUUGCCACUGUUGUUCUGGCGAUGAUUGGUUAUGGCCAUUCCACGCCUGUCACAGUUGGUGGGAAAGCAUUCUGUAUGGCAUAUGCUAUGGUGGGGAUACCUCUAGGAUUAGUAAUGUUCCAAAGUAUCGGUGAGCGUCUCAACAAGUUUGCGUCGGUGGUGAUAAGACGGGCCAAAUGCUAUUUGCGUUGUAACACCACAGAGGCUACUGAGAUGAAUCUCAUGUUUGCGACGGGAAUGCUUUCGUCCAUCAUCAUUACAACGGGUGCUGCAGUGUUCUCUCGGUACGAAGGAUGGAGUUACUUCGAUAGUUUCUACUAUUGCUUUGUGACUCUCACAACCAUUGGGUUCGGGGACUAUGUCGCUUUGCAGAAUGAUCAAGCUUUGACAAGCAAGCCUGGUUACGUAGCACUGAGUCUAGUGUUCAUAUUGUUUGGCCUGGCGGUGGUUGCAGCUAGCAUCAACUUGCUGGUACUGAGGUUCAUGACCAUGCAAGCGGAGGAGAAUGCUCGUGACGAGGACAAGGACAUCUGCAGGACGAUGCUGCCCAUCGACGAGCACGUCAUCGCGGGCCGCAUGCGCUCGCACGAAGAUCAGGCUUCGGUGUGUUCGUGCAACUGCCUCGGCAACAAGCAGUGCGAGGGCGGCGCCCUGCUGCCGGCCGCGCCCGUCCGCCCUCUGCGCGCCCUCUCGCACAGAGCCUCCUUGGCGCCCGAGCUCGUCGAGCGGGCUUCGGUGUAGAACCGAACAUACAAUGAUCUAUAUUUUAUAUACCUUAAUUACAGCAGCUAAUAUCAAAACUGAUUGAGAGACGAAUAUGUUAGCAUUCCAUGGAUUCACUGUGCGGCUGCCGGGUCCAUCGCGUGGUAGAGAGAAAAACUCCGGGCAGAGUCCUGAACUUGUGACUACAGGAUGUAGGGUUAAGGAAUUCCUUGAGAUCGAUCACACUCCCCGUUCUCUGCUCAUGUUGUUCUCCCUGCCUAGCCAAAUUUGGUAAGAUCCUAUUAGAGCAGCUUUAGAUACUCGUUCUAAUAUAGAACUAGCUGCACUUCUAGAGAGGCCUUCUACCACUUCUACCACACUUCUGACCACUUCUAGAAAGUCUUUAAGCAAGUUAUAGAGAGAUUUUGGUGGUAAUCCUCUCGCACCUAUUUCUACGGCGUACAGGCUAACUACAUAGCCAUUUUUAGUUUGUUCAUUUGUUAGAUAAAUAAUUGAAUCCGUAAAAAAACUAGAACUAAAGUUAGAGUUAGAAUUAGGUGUAUUUUCCACUUGAAUUUAAUCCAUUAUUUAUGGAUAUAUUAGGAACUAACUAUACAAAAUGUUAUAAUUGAUUAGGAUUCUUCCUCGUAACUGUUAUGCCAAAUACAAUAUCAGUAUUAUACUUAUCUGUAAGUAGUAUAUAAUAAAUAAUACAUAGUGCCAAAGUUUAUUUAAAACAAAGUUAUUAAUGCAUUUUCAAUGCGUAAUUAUGUGCCAUUUUCCGUCUAUUUACUUAGAAGUUACAUAUAAACUAAGAUGUACAUAAUUCUGGUUUGUCUACUUUUGGAAGUCUUUUUGGCCUUGGAUGUAGUAGUAAUGUAUGUAGUACAAGCGUUUAAUUGUAGACAAUUGACACAAGCACGUUGGUGUGCAAAACUAAACUUCAAGUCCCUUGUCUCUUGGCUCAUGACAUUUUUAGUCUGUGCAAUAAAUAGAAAAAAUAUUCUAUUUGGCGCUAGACAAAAGUUGUUCAGACAAUACUAAACUCUAUCUUUAACAAAAUUCAGGUUUUAUUCGUUUGCAUGACGUGGGCAAAGGUCCAUUUCAGGGUGCCCCCCCCCCCCAAUACGCCUAUGAUUGUAGUUAAAAAGAAUAAAUUUAAUAAAAAUUUUAAUAAAAAAAAUUCAACCGACUUCCAACUUAAAAAUUAACCUAAACUAAAAAGCAAAAAAUAACAUCUUACCUAUGUGCUACCUUCUGAUCAGUUUGAAGGCGGUGCCAAGCCAGUGAUGUUUUAAUUCAAGCCGUUUAAAUUGCACAAUUUCUGUGGUUCUUUCAGAAACGGCUUUAAUUAAAACAUGACACUAGAUUGGCACCGCCUUCAAACUGAUCAGAAGGUAGCACAUAGGUAAGAUGUUAUUUUUUGCUUUUUAGUUUAGGUUAAUUUUUAAGUUGGAAGUCGGUUGAAUUUUUUUUAUUAAAAUUUUUAUUUUUUAAUUUUUAGUGUCAGCACACCUACUGAGUGUGAACAAACCUACUGACUGUCUGACUGUCCUCCGUCUUCAUCACCAGACCCCCUAUGCAGUCACAAUCCAUAUGGGUGGAAAAUUCUCAUCAAUAUAAAAUUUAUCAAGUCCAAACACAAGGUAGCUACUGUGAACCGUCGAGGAGUUCCCUUAACUAUCCUUCGUCUUCAUCACCAGACCCCUAAUACAGUCACAAGCCAUCUAGGUGGAAAGUUCUCAUCAAUACAAAAUUAUCAAGUCAAAACACAAGGUAGCUACUGUGAACCGUCGAGGAGUUCCCUUAACUAUCCUUCGUCUUCAUCACCAGACCCCUAAUACAGUCACAAGCCAUCUAGGUGGAAAGUUCUCAUCAAUACAAAUUUAUCAAGUCCAAACACAAGGUAGCUACUGUGAACCGUCGACGAGUUCCCUUAACUCUCCUUCAUCUUCAUCACCAGACCUCUAAUACAGUUACAACCUAUUCAGGUGGAAAGUUCUCAUCAAUACAAAAUUAUCAAGUCAAAACACAAGGUAGCUACUGUGAACCGUCGAGGAGUUCCCUUAACUAUCCUUCGUCUUCAUCACCAGACCCCUAAUACAGUCACAACCCAUCUAGGUGGAAAGUUCUCAUCAAUACAAAUUUAUCAAGUCCAAACACAAGGUAGCUACUGUGAACCGUCGAGGAGUUCUCUUCACUGUCCUUCGUCUUCAUCAU